AAACUAUCUUUUAUCCAGGAUAUUUCAUCCUCAGCCACUGUCGCCGGCCGCUUCUUUACGAACUAUAGUCACUCUCAUUCCCUCACCCUCUAGCCCUGGCCACUGUCGCCGUCCUCCACUCCCCCACUAGCUCUCGCCCUAGGUCAGCACCCGCCUGAAGCAUCAUCGUGUGAGUUUCAGCCAAGCUUUCACCGCUCUAUCGCUCUAUCUGUCGCGAACCACUGCUCUGUCCUCUGCGCCUCUGCCUCUGCCUCGCCGGUUUCCCGGCUUCGUCUUCAACCGUCAUCUGUCGUCGGCUCCGUCUUCACCCUCAGCCCUCAGUUAGUUGCUAAGGAAGCUUGAAAAGAAUGCUGCAGUUAGCCGCCGCUGGCUGUCUCUCAGUUCGGUCUGCAGCACCACUGGUUGCGUCUCCCCAAUUGCAGUUUUGUUCAAAACCCAAAAAUUGUCUCUUGUCGAGAACCCCUGGUUGGAAUUCUUGGAGUCCUGCCAUUAGAUCCUCUCCACUAUUAUCAACCUCAAGAAAGUCCAUUUGCAGACCGCCCUUGGGGAAAUAUGUCAGAGAGGAUUACCUUGUGAAGAAGCUCUCUGCCAAAGAGAUCCAAGAGCUGAUAAAGGGAGAAAGGAGUGUGCCAGUGAUUAUUGAUUUCUAUGCAACGUGGUGUGGUCCUUGUAUACUGAUGGCUCAAGAACUUGAAAUGCUUGCUGUAGAGUAUGAAAGCAAUGCAGUUAUUGUGAAGGUUGACACAGAUGAUGAAUAUGAAUUUGCACGUGAAAUGCAGGUUCGAGGAUUACCUACAUUGUAUUUCAUCAGUCCAGAUUCAAACAAAGAUGCAAUCAGAACUGAAGGUCUCAUCCCAAUACAGAUGAUGAGGGAUAUCAUUGAUAAUGAAAUGUAAUCGAUUGUAGCACCCAUUACUCAUGAGGCCUCUAUUUCUAAUUGUAACAAAAUUCAAUUUCAUGUUACUCGCUUUAGAAGCCUUAUUUCGUAGAAAGAAUUAAAAGAAAAAUCUGCAAUUCUUAUUAUUAUACCAAAAAUAUAUA